AUGGAGCGCAGAAACAUACGUGACGAAGCGACGGAAGCAGACGUUCUCACGUGGCGGGACACUGUUGACUCUGUACUGAAGUACAACAUCCGUCAGUUGAACGUGUGGGGGGUGUGGCCGUUGCCCGGCUCGGCUCUCUUCCAUGCCUACACGGUCUUCAUAUUCGCGAUGGGCCUCGGAGGGCUGGCGCAGGACCUGACGGGCGUCUACGUCAGCUGGAGCGAUCUGCAGGAGGUCACCAUGGCCCUCAUCCACAUACUGUCCGUCUGCGGCGGCUUCGUCAAGCUCGCGUUCUUCAUUCGUCGGCGGCCCAUGUUCAACGUGCUGGUGCGCCGCACGGACCAGCUGGUAUCUGCCCAAAAGGAGUUCUGCGCCUCGGACGAGAGCCUGCGAGCUACGUUCAAGGCGUCGCACAGGAAGGCGGUGUACAUCACGCUGCUCGCGUACGGCUACCUGUUCCUGCAGGGCGGUAUCUGGCUGCCGAUGCCACUGAUCGCCUACCCUGGGCAGCGAAAACUGCCGUUCGUGCAGGUGCCGGGGGCCGACACCACCAGUGUCUACCUGUACGCCCUCUUGUACACUCUGCAGUGCUUAUCGUCGAUGUUCAUCACCUUCGUGGGCGUCACCAUCGACUGCUUUUUUGCCGUCGUCAUGAUUCACACGGUGGUGCAGUUUAGGAUUCUCAAUGCCCGCAUCAAGGCUUUGCGACCAGAUGUAGCAGCGUCUGCCAGCUGUAGAAUUGUAGUAGACAGACAGACGAAUUUUCACGAUAACAUGUAUAACCAGCUCUGCCAGUGCAUUCAAACGCACCAAAGCUUGCUCAGGUUUGUCAGCUUCCUGGAUUCUGUCAUGAAUCCAAUUGUUAUGACACAGUUCACUUUUGGCGUCAUGGUUGCAGGAGUAACACUCUUCCAAGCAACAUUCAGUCCGAGCAACAGCACUAUUUUCAAGUGCGUCACAUGGCUUCCCAUGCCGAGCACUCAGAUUUUUCUAUACUGCUGGGGCGCCCACGACAUCAUGGACCAAGGUGAGGCCGUAAGCGAGGCGCUGUACAGCUGCGGCUGGAUGGAGGCGCCCGCCCGCUUCAGGCGCGCUAUGAGGAUCGUCAUGUGCUGCGCCCAGCGGCCGCUCUCCCUCACCGCGGGCCGAGUGUACGCCAUCAACAGGGCCACAUUCAUCUCCCUGAUGAAUGCAGCCUACUCCUACUACACUCUGCUACGUCAGGUGAACGGGCGCGACUAA